GUAUAGUACUAAUAAGAGGGGCCUAAAAGCAAUGUAGUUAUAUUACUGCUUUCAAGAUUUGUUUUUCUGGCAUUGUAAUAGCGAGUGUUGGGAUGUGGCAAAGCAUUGUUAAUAGACUCGGCUGUAUACUGUACACCAUUACGGAGACAUCCCAUCUCAUCGAAUUUCUGCAGGGAAGAUUUGGGGCUCCACAUCUUGCAGUACCUGAACAGGGGUUCAAAGCUUCAAAUCUCUCCAAUCCCUACGAAGCAGUGUCUUGUCCCGCGCGCGGUCGACAUCUUCACUUUUCCCUCGCGGGUCCCCGGGUGAACUCUGCAGUCCGUCGUUUUCCCUUUUCUUCCUCCACACCCAGUUGCCGCUUGCGCAUUUCCAAUCCCUCAGUUUUACCUUCAAAGUUCACCAACUGCGCUCGUUCCCUGAAGCUCUGGUAACUGUCACACUUUACCCGCAGCGACAACGAUAGCGACGGUGACGGCGACGGCACGCGCAAUGGCCGCCAACGCGACAACCUCGCCUUUGGCGACCAUCAAGUUUGGCGCCGCCAGCGUGGCUCCCCAGCUCGAAUAUGUCAUCGACUAUGUCUCCAACGCCAGCACGUGGACCAUUCUCGCGACAAUCCUCGCGACUCUCGUCGUCUACGACCAGUUCCGUUACAUCUUGAAUAAGGGGUCGAUCGCCGGCCCAUCAUGGAAGAUGCCCUUCAUUGGGCCUUUCCUCCAGUCCGUGAACCCCAAGUUCGAGGAGUACUACGGGAAGUGGCUCAGCGGUCCCCUCAGCUGCGUCUCCGUCUUCCACAAGUUCGUCGUUAUCGCGUCCACCCGUGACAUGGCCCGGAAAGUCUUCAACUCGCCCGCUUUCGUCAAGCCCUGCGUCGUCGACGUCGCCCACAAGCUGCUCGGCGCCGACAACUGGGUGUUCCUCGACGGCAAGGCGCACGUUGAGUUCCGCAAGGGUCUUAACGGCCUCUUCACUCGCCGCGCUCUCGAGAUCUACCUCCCCGGUCAAGAGGAGGUGUACAACCGGUACUUCAAGGAGUUCGUCGCCACCACCAAGGAGGCCGGCGGUGAGCCCGUUCCCUUCAUGACGCACUUCCGCGAGGUCAUCACGGCUGUCUCCUGCCGCACCUUCGUCGGCCACUACAUCUCGGACGAGGCCGUCAAGAAGAUCGCCGACGACUACUACCUCAUCACGGCCGCCCUCGAGCUCGUCAACUUCCCCAUCAUUCUCCCCUACACCAAGACGUGGUACGGAAAGAAGGCGGCCGACAUGGUGCUGGCCGAGUUCGCCAGGUGCGCUGCGAAGAGCAAGGCCCGCAUGGCUGCCGGUGGCGAGCCCAACUGCAUCAUGGAUGCCUGGAUUAUCCAGAUGAUCCAGUCUCAGAGGUGGCGUGACGCGCAGGCGAAGGGCGACACCGAGGGUGUCGAGAAGCCGACGCACAUUCUCCGCGACUUCACCGAUUAUGAGAUCUCCCAGACCGUCUUCACCUUCCUCUUUGCCUCCCAGGACGCCACGAGCAGCGCCGCCACCUGGCUUUUCCAGAUCAUGGCUCAGCGCCCGGAUGUGCUUGAUCGCGUGCGCGAGGAGAACCUGAAGGCCCGCAACGGGGACAUCAACGCCGCUGUCGACAUGGAUCAGCUUGAGUCCAUGACCUACACCCGCGCCGUCGUUCGUGAGCUGCUGCGCUACCGCCCGCCCGUCCUCAUGGUUCCCUACGUCGUCAAGAAGGCGUUCCCCAUUAGCGAGACCUACACCGCUCCCAAGGGCUCCAUGGUUAUCCCCACCACGUACAUGGCCCUGCGCGACCCCGAGGUCUAUGAGAGGCCCGACGAGUUCGACCCCGAGCGGUACUUCACCGGUGACGCCGAGGUCAAGGGUAUGAAGAACUACCUCGUCUUCGGCACCGGGCCCCACUACUGCCUCGGGCAGCAGUACGCCCAGCUCAACCUUGUCCUCAUGAUCGGAAAGGCGUCGCUCCUGCUCGACUGGAAGCACCACGCGACGCCCAAGUCUGAGGAGAUCAAGGUGUUUGCGACCAUCUUCCCUAUGGACGACUGCCCCUUGACGUUCGAGAACAGGAAGUGGUAGAGGUUAGGAUGGGAUGGGAGUGGUUUAGAAGAGCAUGCGCUCGCGCGGCGUUGCAUUGUGGUAUAGACGUUAAUUAAUUGGGAGGGAGCCAGUCAUUGAUGGGGCCACACGAGGUCCCGACGGUCUACCGUCUACCAUGGCAUCAAUGAAGGGUAAUGAUAUACGGCUGGCUUGGAUGUGUUAUGGUCCACCAGCUAAGGGGGGUUGGGGGGUUUGGGAAUGGCCACGGUCGGCCAACGACCUAUUACCAUUGUAAUCUUUAGUCUGUACAUACCUAGACCCGUAUGGUCCGUAAUGAAACGAUGAUGAGAAAGCUUGCUGAGAUGAGAGAGAAGGGAAGAUGUUGGGAUAGGUGAGAUGAGAAGGAUUGUUGUGCAGGUCGUGGGCUUCCGUCUCGCCUGCGGUGGCGUCUUACUGGACGCAGUCAGCACCCCC